AUGGGAUUGCAUUUGCAUUUGCUGCAAGCCAAAUUACUUGUGUUAAUUCUGCUUAUUUUUGUUUCAAAAUCAAUUUCUACUCAAGCUAAUUUCCAAAUAGCAAACCCCAAAUGUAGGGAUCAUUGUGGAAAUGUAAGUAUUCCCUUCCCUUUCGGCACGAGGGAAGGCUGUUACUUUAACGAAACAUUCUCAGUCACUUGUAAUGAAACCCACUAUGAUCUUCCGAAACUAUACUGGACAAACUCAACCAUCCAAAUCACAAACAUAUCCCUGGAGGGCCAAAUGCGUGUCUCACAAUUCAUAGCAAAAGACUGUUAUUCUCAGAACGGCACCAGAGUGUUGUAUAAAGAUCCCUGGAUAAAGGUGCCUCUUGGAUUCACGAUCAACAAUACUACCAAUAAGUUCAUCGUCGUUGGUUGUGAUACUUACGCUUAUGUAUCCGGGUACCGGGAGAACCGAAAUUACGAGACUGGGUGCACGUCCACGUGUGACAACAAGGAUGAUCUGGUUGAUGGCUCAUGUUCUGGUUUAGGCUGUUGCCAGAUGUCUAUCUCGAAACAUGUGUGGGAAGUUGAGGUGACGUUGAAUUCCUUCAAUAAUUUCUCAUAUGUGUGGGACUUCAACAAUUGCAGCUAUGGUUUUCUUGCUGAGGAAAGUACAUUCAAUUUUUCUGCAAGUGAAUUUUCCCGCCUGAGGAAUGUAGAAAUGCUUCCUUUGGUGAUUGACUGGUCAGUUGGAGACAGAACUUGUGCGGAGGCUCGAAAUAACACUUCUAGUUAUGCAUGUAAAAGUGUGAAUUCCGAGUGCUAUGAGCCUGCUAAUGGUUACGGAUAUCGAUGUUAUUGCCAAGCGGGUUAUCAAGGAAAUCCAUACCUUUAUCAUGGUUGCAAAGAUAUUGAUGAAUGUCAAGAUCCAAGUCUCAAUGAUUGUGAACAUAAAUGCGAGAACAUACUAGGGAAUUUUAGGUGUGUUUGCCCAAAAGGUCACCAUGGUGAUGGGAAAAAAAAUGGCACAGGUUGCAUUCGCAGUGAUCAAUCGUUCGUCUUUAAACUUGUUGCAGGUUAG